AGUACAAUACAACGGAUACAAGAGACGAUGUGUUGUUAAGAUCUACGCCGUGUAACGAAAGAAGGGGGAAAAAAGAGGGGAGAAAAGGUCACGUGACGUCGCUCUCUGUCCGCGGGAAACACGGCGUCCUUUCGAGAACCGUCCGAUGAGAAAGUGACGCUACCGUACAAGUGUGUUCUCCAUGGGCCACGUCGCAAGAGUUCGGUGAACGAGGAGGUGGCAGGCGGAGGUGAGCGGCCCGAGCAGCACCUGCCCGGCAUGCGGGAAAACAAAUUGGUGUUGAUCGGCGCCGGCGGUGUGGGCAAAACUUCGCUCAUCGUACAGUUCAUGGAAGGAUUGUUCGACAGCGUUUACAAGCCGACAGUCGAGGACUGCUACCGGAGCUCCAUACAAACGCCAGACGGCAUUUACCACACGGUGGACAUCCUGGACACGGCGGGUUCCCACCACUUCCCGGCCAUGCGCGAGCUCAGCAUCCGCUCGGGUCGGGGUUUCGUGCUCGUCUUCUCCCUCGACAGCAUGCAGUCCUUCCACGAGGCGGCCCAGCUGUGGCAUCUCAUCGCCAAGAUUCGAGGCGAGCGCGUCCCCAUCGUGCUGGUGGGCAACAAGUCGGACCUGCUCUCCACCCGCCAGGUGCCGCAGGACAUGGCCAUGCGGCUGGCCCAGGAGAGCAUGCACAACUGCCGCUACCUCGAGACGAGCGCCAAGUACAACGUCAACGUGGCCGCGCUCUUCGUCGAGCUGCUCCAGCAGGCGUGCGCCAUGGAGCGCCAGCAGCCGCCGCCGCCGCCCCCGCCGCCCGUCCAUGCGGGCCGCUCGCUCCGGCUCUCCCAGCGGCUCGGCUCGCUGGGCAACUUGCCCAGCAGCAUGCGGCGCAAGUCGAGCGCCGCCUCGGCGACGGGAGGCUGCGGCGGAAGCAGCAGCUGCCCUUCCCCGUCGACGCCCCGCAGCCGCAAGGCGUCGAGACAAGUCGAGUCGGCGCCGGCGGCCAGCCACGACGGCGCGGAGGACCCGGACCAGAAGUGCCGCAUCUUAUGA